AUGAACAAAAUCCUCAAUAUCUCGAUCUCAUGUUACAUGUUAUUGAAUUCAGCAUCAAAUUUUCAGCAAUUUUAUUUGCUCAAAGUAUUAAUUUCUCUUGUUCAUCAAUGUAAUUAUAAACAGUUGAAACAAAUACAACAAUCUGUUCAGCUAUAUAAUCCGUCGAGUGAAACCGUAAGUUUUGUACAUAGAAAACAUUGGUUAAACCUAAUUGAACCCUUGAUAGAAUAUUCGGUAGACGAAAUUGUUCCACAUUCAUAUUGGUGGAAAGAAGUCGAAUCGAAUUUUUUCAACAGUCUAUUCGGCGUUCAACAAUAUCGUAUAACAAAUCUUUUCAUAAUUCGAAAUUCGAAACUUGAAGAACAAUUUGAGUCGAUACGAGCAGACAUUAAUGAAGAUCGUCUUCCAUUCUAUGUCUAUCAUGGUUCAGCCCCUGAAUGUCUACAACAAAUAUCGAAAACUGGUUUCAAACUUCCUCAAGAAUUACCCGACAAUGUUGAAGUAUUGGAUCCGGGCUUCUUUGGCAAUGGUAUUUAUCAUGGUUUUGCUGCUGAUUAUGCAAUACAGUAUUCGGAAAAAUAUAAACAGGGAUCAAAUCAGAUUAUGAUGAGCUGUAUAACAUCAGGUAAAUCGUACACAGUUAAGAAAGGACACGACAAAUAUGGUAAAAAUGUGAACGUGGUUACCAUUCACAUGUGUCACCGGAAGGUAAAGAAAUUAUUUUGUUUAAGUCAGCACAGAUUUUACCAUUGUUUAUUAUACAAUUUAAAAAAGUAUCGAAUCAAAUAAUAGAAGAAGAACAACCGUGAUGAAGUUUGAUUUUAUUGACACAUACUGAUAUUCAAAGUAUUCCAAAACAGACUCAUCCUUUUGAUUCUCUUUUCAAGACUUGAACGAAGGAAAGAAUUAGUUGCUUUUUUUAGUUACGUUGGACGACUUAAUCAAAGAACAAAGUCGGAAAUCAUGAGAUUUCCCUGACUCCAAAAAUAUUAUAAAAUAAAAAUAUCUUUUUACUGAAUUGAUGUUGACACAUUGAGAUAUUUUCCCUUUUGAUGGUAAAUGAUAUAAGGCAUGUUCGCUCUUCUGGUACUCUCAUAUAGAAGAGCUCAUAAUACUGAUGAAUGCAUAAUGUUUACAUCAAUGUAUCUAAACAAGAUUUGCUCGAUGCAGUAUUUCCGUAUCUCAUAUUAACUGUGUUUCUUUGCAAAAAUAUAUUUUUUUAGUCGAAGUUAAUAUAUUUUUUAAUACACUAAACACAAAUAAUAGGUGUUUUAGCUUUGUAUCAAUUUCCUUUGAUAAAAAACAAAGGAAAUUGAUGUUUAAUAAAUAAUUCGCUUAAUAAGAGAGAUACAUGAUGAUUUCGCAGUCAUAUGUAGCAAUGAUUAAGCUAUAUAUAUGAGAAAUUCGUAAGUUGACAGUCGAAAAUAAGUAAUAAGACAAAUAUGGAUUUUUGCUAUCGUAUCCAGCAUCUUUUAAAUUUAUAAGAUAUAAACACUAAAACCGAUCUGAUUUCGAUAUGUUCAUUGGAGUGAAAAAGUACCACAUGAUAGCACCAGCUUCUCGAUCUCAGCCGCUACAGAGAACAUCAAAGAUAACAUUAGUUAUAGAAGAUUUAUCUCCGAUACGUAGGUAAUAGCUGUGAUUUGUUGCAGAGAUGGUGAUGUUGUGCAAUUUUCUCUCUUCUUUUUAGAAAAUCGAAAACAACAGUGUAGUUUAACAAUAAAAAACACAGUGCGCUACUCC